CCCCUUUCCCAAUGUCCUUUUUUUAAAAAGAAAAAACACACAAUAAUAGGUGUUAAAUGUCUUGUUCCUCACAGCAGUGUUUCUAGAUUGUGCCAUGGGGGGCUCCAGAUGCCUCCCACCAGGGCAAUCCAAUUUCUUCUCUCCGUGAUUUCUGGCUGUGAGGGGAAUAGCUGGUUCUGGCUCCUUUCGCAUCCACUGGCCCUUCAUCGCCAUCUUGAACCUUUGUGGUGAACAAGAUGGCGAAGACUUAGCCUUGGUUCCCCCCCUCAGGGGGCCAAGCUUUCUUUUUUCUCUUAGGAAUGGAAGGGCAGCAAAAAAUGGAGGACAGCCAGGGGGGUGUCUGGGAGAUGCACUCAGCAUCAACCCCCAGCUGGCUUUUUCCCAAUAGGAAAAGGAGUGGGGGAGAUGGAGGACUGUGCAAUUCUCCAUACUUUGGGAAACUGUGGCAUCUUCACAACAAUAAAUCCUUCCACGAAGGCAUAAUUGCUCCCUUCAGAACUGGUCCUUCUUGAAGGCUACCUCCCUCAACCUGUUUAGCCAUCCUGGUUUGGCAGCUAGAAUGAUGGCUUAGGGGGUAGAUGGCCAUUUUCAGGCCUGGGGACUCCAAGUCCCAUCAUUCCCAUGCAGCUGGCUGGGCAAUUCUGGGAGUUGGAAGUCCACAAGCUUUAAAAGUUACCAAGAUUGGACUUUCCCUGGCUUUUAGGGCAUUGUGGGAAGGCAGCCAUAAACACCCCUUUAUUCUUCCCCUUAACUAACCAACCCUUUCAUUUAUUUUUAUUAACAGAGGAUUGCAAUACCCCGUUAGGAAAAGGAGAUGGCAACUUUGCAGAAGCAAAGGAAUCCCCUGACUGCAGCCAUAUUCCCCACCAAAAUUGCCACCGAACAGCAAUCCCUCAUGUUGGUGAAGCGGCUGCUGGCCAUCUCUGUCUCCUGUAUCACCUAUCUCAGGGGCAUUUUGCCCGAAUCUGCCUACGGGACAAGAUAUUUAGAUGAUCUCUGCGUGAAGAUCCUAAAAGAGGAUAAAAAAUGCCCCGGGUCCAGCCAGCUUGUAAAAUGGAUGCUAGGAUGCUAUGAUGCCCUGCAGAAAAAAUAUCUCAGAUUAAUCGUCUUAGCGGUCUAUACCAACCAGGAGGAUCCCCAGACGGUUACAGAAUGUUACCAGUUUAAGUUCAAAUACACAGACGAAGGACCGUCAAUGGAUUUCAGAAGUCAGCAGAGUCAAUCGAGCAUCACAUGCGCUGAUACGAAGAAAGCGAGUAUCCUGCUCAUCCGGAAGAUUUACAUCCUGAUGCAAAACCUGGGCCCGCUGCCUGAUAAUGUUUGCCUGACAAUGAAGCUGUUCUAUUACGACGAAGUUACGCCGCCUGACUACCAGCCCCCUGGAUUCAAAGAGGGCGACUGCGAAGGGAUGGCCUUUGAGGGGGAGCCCAUGUACCUCAACGUUGGGGAGGUUCCCACCCCAUUCCAUAUGCUGAAAGUGAAAGUGACCACCGAGAAGGACCGCAUGGAGCGUGUGGACAAAGCCAUCCUAAAGGAGGACGCCAGCCUUGCUUCCGUGCACCUUCAGGAAGACCAGCAUCAAAAAAUGGAUGAAGAUUUUGUGCCAGAAAAUAAAACAGGAGGGCAGAAGAAUGCAAGCAGGAAGCUGCACCCAGAAGAACCAGACCUAAUUUGCACAGAGGAAGAGAAAACCACAGAAGAAUUCCCGAGCUGCCCCAUCAGUAAUUCUAAGGUGGAUCAUUUAAUAAGCAAGACAUCAGAACUUGAAGUCACCGAGAGCAGGACCCGAAGCGGGAAAAAAUUUAUGGGGAACAUAGGUGCCGCCGCCGCGGGAAACACAAAGCAGAGACCCUCCAAGGGUGCGGAAGCCCAGAAGAGAAGGAGCUCGGAACUGGAGAAGCCUGUAAGUGCCUCUGUGCUGCACUUAGUCCCCCCUCCUUUCCCCAGGCAGGAUUUUGGCCGAGCGAAGAGAAAGCCUGACCUCUCGAAAGGUCCGUUUUGUAAAGGGAGGAGGCUGGUGGGGACCACAGAGGUCCACUGCUGCCCAUCCAUUUAACGACUCUGCACAUUUGCCUCGCAGCUCUUUACUCACACAUUGCUCCCGGCGGGUAAACUGUGCCUUGGACCACGGUCAGAAAUACGCACUCUACGAAAUAAAGUCGGAGCUGCUGAAAUAAUAAACCCAGCCAGGGAUGUGAUAAAACACAAAGCCAUUGCAACUGAGCACAGCUCUUAGUUCUGCUCGAAGCUCUGGGGCCAUCACAAAAUAUUGUUCUGGGGUGACACAGCCACACAUUUGUUGCAUGUAACAACAGGUGCGACGCCAAAGGUAGCCAGGCCUUCUUAGGAGCCCCCUUUUUUUUCUGGCCAUGUAAAGUUUGGGGCGGAUACUCUGGCAAUUCCCUGCUCUACAGCCGUUUGUUUUUGUAAUGGAAUAAUCUGUGUUUUUGCGUAAUAAUAAAUUUCCCCACCUCUCUCACAGCCCCUCACUGGCGGAGGGUCAACCUGUUUUGGAUAGCGGUAUCCACCUUACUGCUUAUAUUCCAAGGCACUUCCCGCAACAUUAGCGAGGCUUAAUUCUCAAUCAAACCCACAUCCAUUCCCUGAAACGAUACCCUAAAUCUUAAAACAGGUUUGCUGGAGACGGCCAAUCUUGCGUUUUUUUCCGCCGAACCCUCCGUUUAAUCCCCAUCGAUGUUUUUUAUUGACGUUGUGCCACAUUCUUCAUGUUUAC